AUUCUGUUUUCUUUUUCCUCUGUUUCUCCUCGACGCUUCUUCCCGGCUUCUUUCCUCCGCGCUUAAGUACAAGAAUCGUUCGUCUGCAACUUCCACAGUCCACUCAAAUUCAAAUUCAAAUUCAAAUUCAAAAUCAAUCAGAUCUCGGAUCUUUUAUACUGUAAUCCAUAUUCGUAUCUGUUGAUUGUACCGCUUUAAUUACAAGGAGAGAAAGAAAGAUCGAGAAGGAUCUUUCUGAACUCUUUCUUUCCCGGCGCCAGUUGUUCAACCUCUUCCUGUAAAUUCAAACUCAUCUCCCUUAAUUUCUUUCUUCAAUGGAAUUGGCGGACAAUCCAAAGCCAGUUAUAAUAAGUUCUGACGAAGUGAAUAAUAAUGGGUUAGAAAAAACAGCGGUUUCCGAUCAGUACAAAACAAAAUCCGAUAGCUUCAUCGUCGAUAUGGACAAUUUUUCCAACAAGGAAAUUUCUCACAAUUUAAGAAUUACAAGGAAUUUUAGCAGAAAAGGAAUGAUACGUGGUGGAAAUAAGAUGGGGCAAGAUCAUGGUGAUGAUGAUGAUGCAGGAGAGUCCAUCUCCCCAGUAGGAGGAGGGUCGAGCAUGCUCGAAAAGCAGGCGGUGGUGGGCAUAGAAGAAUUGGGCGGUGGUGGAAACGGCGGUGGCGGCGGCGCACUGAGCCAUGAGAUAGUGAUUAGUACGACCCACAGCAGCGGCGGCGCGGAAAGGCUGAGCUUUAGAAGAAACAGCCUCAAGCGGUCUCCACAAUCUUGCAGCUGGUACUUGGACCCCAGGAAGAUUUUCUUGUUCUGCGCCACACUGUCGUGCGUGGGAACUAUGUUGCUGAUAUAUUUGGCAUUUUCAUAUGGGAUGCUCAAAGUAGAAGAAAACGAGUUAGAUUCAUAGAGAUCGAUAGUCCAAACUGUUAGAUGACAAUUUUUUUUUUUUGGUGAUAUAUGUACAGUUUAGUGCAGUAAAUAUAUGUUGAAAUUGUGAGAUGGAUUAACAAAUAGGGGCAGUUGUAGCCUGCAGGCAGGCGUAGAGAAUGUAGGGAAAAGUAAGUUUAGUUUGAAAUUAGUCUUAAUUAGAGGAGAUCAUUUUAUAUUAGUGUGUAUAUAUAUGCAUUAAUCUGAACCAACUCGGCCCUUCUGCGGUAUAUUUUUCUUUAUUCUACUCGUAACUAUAGAUUAUAGAUCUG